CCGUAUUCAAUUUUCAGAAAUAUACGAAAAACUGGUUCUGAAAAAAGAGAGAGGACAAGAAAUUAUUUUAAAAAAACGUGAAUGUGUUUUAUGGUUUGUUUGUGUUGCAUUGUUGCCCUGUGGUGGCGUCAUUCGCGCCAAUUCAAAACAGUCCGAACCGAAGGUGAGCUUCAAAGAUCGUCAAACUUGUGAUAACUUCUCUCUUUGAAUAAUCUGUUAAAUAUCUUUUUCUGUAGAAAAGUAGUUGAACGGUAGAUUUUGAUUAAAAUGGGUCCAUAGCCAAGUUAUUACUGCACUGUUUUUCCUUUUGCGCGACACUCUUUGUUUGCCUAGGCCCAUAAUAUCCGCCGGUCAGUUUUAAGAAAAGCUUUAGCUUCUGUUCAGUUUUAGUCGAAUGCUCUGUUCUGUCGCGCAACUUCCAUUGAGGUUGAUGAGCAAGAAUACAAGUUUGAUGAAUCACGAAUGAAUUGCUGUUGGUGUCUAAUUGAUACUUGUCAUUCCUGACUGAAUACUAGUAUAUUUGUAUUAAGUGACCAUGCAGGCGGACACGAGGUGUCCGUAUUCAGUAAUCAACUGGCUGCUGUGGACGCGUCUGGUAUACUUGAGUCACUACUGGUAAAAUUCUGAAGAAUAUUUAGCCAGGGGGGCAGUCUAUCGUUUUUUAGUUGAGAAUUUCCUCACAACUAUUCAAUGGCUUUCGUCAGUAGAGCUGUCAGUAUUGUGCGAAUUUACACUCAUUUUAUAAGAACAAUUUUAUAAGGACACGAGCUUCAAAACUGGUCAAAAGUUAAGAACAAGCUGAGGCUGAGCUUCUGCAAAAUGCAAUUUUGAACAACGUUUUUUCUCAAAAUCGAGGAUUUUUAAAGGGGGCUUUUUGGUGAAUAUUCAAAUUUGUCAGCAAAUUAAGGCUGUCUCACUCACUUUGUUGGCAAAUUAGGCCUGAACACCUCCUUAGAGCGAAAAAGCUAGCACUCGCACUGCUUACACCCUCUUAAUUUAAGAACAAAUUAAGAAAAAUCCAGCCUCAGAUUUUCGAAAAAAAUUUAGAACAGUCAGCCUGAACUUAAAUUUACUGGUUCUUUAAAAAAAAUGUAUUGCAUAAAGUCUUUUCUCAUUUCUUCAAGACUAGACAAAAUUGAAAAUUAUCUGUCAAAUAAGAAGCUAAAAUUUUUUCAACUGUCUGGUAAAGUAUCAUAUGACCACUCUGACACUAUGUUAAACAUGGACUAGACUGUUUAUUGCAGAUGUUGUCAAACUGUUUUUAACAGAAGUGGCAUUGCUUAUUACUAUCAGCAAUGUUUGUUAUCUUUAUGACCUGCUUGUUAUGACAACAAAAGUUGACUUGUUAGUACAGAGCAAUGAAUCAUCGUUUGCUGUAGGUAAAAUCAAGCCCCCCUGGAUGAGCAUGAUCUAUGUCAUUGCUCACGGUGAGCAGUUAGUUUGUGGUACUUGCUGAAAAGUAUAGUAAAAUUAUCUUUCUUAAGCAAGCUAUAUGUUUGCUGCCUUUUGCUCUUACUGAUGCCACACAUGUUUCAAAAUAUUGUACAAGAACUAUCACAAAUUGUCAAUAAUAAAGAUGGGUGGCAGUUGUAUUUUUAAACCUGAUAUGCAAACAUUCUGUUGAUGAGAAUAUUCCAAAGAAGAUGUUCAUAGAUGGACAGUCAGGUGGAUGAAUACGAAAAUGAUCUGGCUCAAUUUGAAAGGAAUGAUAUCUUAUUCUAUCAGGAUAACUCUUUUGUUCUUUACAUUUGUGGUUGUUGGAAACAUCAAAUUUUCUAAUGGGCAGACAAGCACACAGAGUGCAUGCUAUGAUAAGAAUGGCAUUGCAAAAACGUGCCUCACAUAUCCAAAAAAUGUUGCCCUGAACCGAAACAUACUUGCAACAAAUACUUGUGGAACUCCAAGUGAGACAUUUUGCCAAAUUGGCGGUACCCAAGACUCUAGAUGCAAAAUAUGCAAUGCUGGAAGCCAACAGAAUAGCUACCCAGCAAAAAACAUGGUUGAUUUUCACAACCCAACAAACAUAACAUGGUGGCAGUCAUCAAGUUGGUGGCAAAUGAAACUCAAAGGCCAAGCAACACUAGCUAAUCCCCCAAAAGUGAAUGUCACUAUUAAUUUCAAAAAGCUUUACCUAGUAUCAGGAGGUGUAAGGGUGACAUUUUAUUCUGUCAGACCAAAAAAGGUGGUAAUUCAAAGGUCUAAAGAUUAUGGAAACACAUGGACUAAUUACCAGUUUUUCGCUAAGAAUUGCAGAGAUUCUUAUGGUCUUGUUGCAGAUCCUGUUAUAAAUGCUACAAAUAGAUUUCAUGCCACAUGUACGCAAAGGUUUAGCAGUGAGCUGCCCUAUGUUGGUGGAAUGGUCGUGUUUGACACCAGGCUUAUUAGAUACCAAAACAAUGAGUAUUUAGACCCAAAUGUGCAAAAUUACCUUUCUGCAACUGAUAUACGACUUCUUCUUGAAUAUCCAGGGACUGAUGGUAGAGAAAAUAUUGACAGUGCCAGCACUUUAAAUCAGUAUUAUUAUGCAAUUUCAGACAUUGUUGUAGAUGCAAGAUGUCAUUGCCAUGGCCAUGCUGAGUAUUGUGACUUUAAUAAUGGUACAGAGGCCUGUGAUUGCAAGCAUUUCACAACUGGCAAAGACUGUGAACAAUGUCUGCCCUUGUAUAAUAACAGAAAAUGGAUGGCAGGAAAUGAAACAGACCCAAAUGUUUGCAAAGAAUGCCAAUGCUACAGUCAUGCCUCAUCUUGUGUUUACAACCAACAACUUGGAUAUGGUAUUUGCCAAAACUGCAAACAUAACACAACUGGAUCAAGCUGUGAACUCUGUGUUGACAAAUUCUAUCGCAAUGUCUCUAAGCCACUUUUUGAUGUCAAUGUGUGCAUUCCUUGUGACUGUUUUAUGUUUGGUGUACAAGACAAUGGUAGCUGCUUGCAAAUAGCCAGUAACAGCCAACAGCUUGGCCAGUGCAACUGCAAGCCUGGGGUUUAUGGACGCAGAUGUGACCAAUGUGUUCCUGGAAAAUGGGGCUUUGCCAUCCAGCCAAUUGGGGCUUGCUUUGACUGCUUGUGUAACUUCUAUGGAACUGUUGGCAGCAACCAAACAUGCGAUCCAUACUCAGGCCAAUGCCAUUGCAAGCCCAAUGCACAAGGAAGGGCUUGUUCAGAAUGCAAGGACUCCUUCUACUCAUUUCCAACAAACACAACAGCAGACUGCCAGCCUUGUAAUUGCGAUUUAGCUGGAGGAUUUCCUGUUUGUGACAAAUCAACUGGCCUCUGCACAUGCCGACGUGGAAUAACAGGGAGGCAAUGCUCUGCUGUUAGCAAUGGAUUUUACUUUCCAAACUUCACACAUGUCGCUUACGAAGUGGAAAUGUUAUCGCAACAGGGGCAUGAAUAUUUCUGGCUCGAAAAAGGGUACAAGUCUCUCUUUCUAGGUAUCGGUCAGAUUAAACUGAGGCCUGGGCAUUCCGUCGUUUACUCGUUUCAAGUACCUGUUACCUAUCAAUAUAUCAUGGUUAUUCGCUAUUCUCUGUAUCCAAUAUCUUGGCACAAUACUCUUUUCCUGUACGAUGCAGAAUCGUUAUCAUGGUCCGGGGCCUCUGAUAUAUCAACAUACACUUCAAAUCAAGAUAAUCCUUUGCAGUGGAAUCUAACUGUCGCUGUUUCUGGUCCAUCAAAUUCUCAGUUAUUAUCCAAUCAGUUUUCAAUAGGAUCUCUCAGCGUUGGUGAGGCUAAAACCUGGAAUGAGUCCUCAUCUACCCUGUUGAGUGCUGGGCUAAAUUACAGACUGGAUUUAAGUUAUCUAGCUGGCAGUAACUCAGGAUCACCAUGGCCCAUCGUCAUUGACUCUGUCAUUUUCAUGCCAGAUUUAAUCCAAAACUCCUAUUACAGUACCCAAUCUCCAGCAGCAAAAAGUGAGAUUCAGAACUGCUAUGAGCUGUCCAAAAGUCUUUCAGCUGCCUUCGUAUUACCAGCACAAUGCAGGAAACAUGUUUUUGGUUCUAGUGUUAUCAUGUAUAACGGAACACUGGCUUGUGACUGUUUUACCCCCGGUUCUAAUAAUCCAAGCACCUGUGAGCAGUAUGGUGGGCAAUGUGGCUGUAAGCCAGGCUACGGGGGUCGCAGAUGUGAGCAUUGCUUGCCUGGGUACUAUGGCAACCCAAGCACUGGCUGCUCUGCCUGUAGAUGUUCUUUGGCGGGCAGUCUCACGCCUGUGUGUAACCAGACGACAGGAAAUUGUUUUUGCAAGGCCAAUACACAGGGUAGCAAGUGUGAGAACUGUAAACCAAGAGCCUUUGCGCUUACUGCUUCGAAUCCAGAUGGCUGCCAAUCUUGUUAUGGUUUUGGGCACCUUGUUUCAUGCGCUGCAGCUAGGCAGUUUUUCAAUGCUGAUUUUGUCAGCAACUUUACAUUCGGUCGUAACGCUGGCUGGGUUUUGAUCAACAGUGAUGGGUCAACUGCUUCUAGCUUUGUUCAGCUUACUUCAAAUGGACUGCAGUACACCGAUGAAGGUGGCAGGGUUCGAUUUUUGAGUGCUCCAUCACAGUAUCUUGGCAACCAGCUUAAUUCGUACGGUCAAUUGUUCACUAUCGAGAUGAGCUUUGUCGCUUUGUCACCAACAAUCCACUCAAGGCAAUGGCAUGUCAGGCUAACUGGUGGUGGGAUGACAGCAGUUUUUGCACUUUAUCCCAGAAUAUCAACCGCGAAUUCUGUCUACUCAUUUCGACUACAUGAAAAGUUUAUGGCUAACAGCUCCAAAUUGUCAGAAUUCGACUUCAAAAGUUUGAUAGGUCAACUCAGUUCCAUUCAUAUUGGUGUUAACUACUUUCAAAGUGGUUCUGUUGUUACAUUUCGAAGCAUUCAAAUGGGCACUGCGAAUUCGACAAGGCGGGGCAGCAGCACAUUUGCUAGUCACGUGGAAAAUGCAACCUGUUUGAUUGGCUAUGAGGGUCUAUCUUGUGAAAGAUGUGCCAAAGGCUACACGCGUGCAGUUGCGAAUGGCGGACCUCUUAUAAACUGUAUACCUUGUAACUGCAAUGGAAGAUCGGUAUCCUGUGAUCCUCAGACUGGAGUUUGCAGCAACUGCCGAGUUGGUACCGUUGGGGAUCAUUGUGAAAAAUGCAUGCCAAAUUUGAUGCCUCCUAAUUGUGAUUCGUGUAUGCCAGGCUUUUGGAAGAUAUCGCCAAAGGGAUGUCAACCCUGUAACUGCUAUUUGCCUGGCACAAUAAAUGGUACAAGUAUCACAUGUGAUUUGGUAACUGGUCAAUGCGCAUGCAAUGUUUCUAUGAAUGUCGCUGGGAGGCAGUGUAACCAAUGCAAACAGAAUGCCUACAACAUAUCCUUGGGAGAGCUGCAGUGUAAACUGUGCCCGCCUUGCUACUCGCCAAUAGAACAGGACUAUAUCUCGAUUCGUCAUCAAACUGAUUUACUACAAACAGAAAUCGACACUUUAUUGAGCAACCCAUCAUUGUAUCCGUCCGUGCCACUGGACCAAUCUCUUGCUGUUUUAUCCGUCCUGGUACGUGCUUUGGUAACAAGAGCCAGUACUUCACUGAUCAAUGCAACAUCGCUGGAUGCAUCUUGGACGGCCAUGCAGACAGAUAUAGCCUCUUUGCAGACUGCGCUUUCGACAACUACGUCAUCUGCAGUUACAAGCCUUUUGACCACUACAACUCAGCUUUUGACCAGUUACAACCAGUCAUACGCUUCUGUCGUCUCUAUCAGCACCCAGACGGUUUCAAGCUACAAUCAAUUGAUAGGAGCCGUUGCUAAUAGUGUUGCCCAGCAACAGACAGCCAUAAGACAACUCGGUGUUCUAUCAAAUGAAUCUACAGUCUACCUCGGAACCGUCCAAUCACUUUCAAGCCAAGCCAGCAUGUUGCAGUCCACAGCUUUAACACUAGUCUCUCGGUCAAUCCAAAUAGCCUCGCUUGCAGCCAAUGAUUCACAGUCUUAUCGAAAUAUGAUUGCGUCACUCAGCACCUCGAUGGUGUCUUUAAGAAAUUCUGCGUUGCUAACACAGAGUCUAGCCAAUGAGAUGCAGAGUUUCGCUUCAGCAAUGCACCGCAACGCAAGUGCUGUGGCUGCUUAUGCCUCGCAGCUACGCAAUAAUGUUACUGGCUCUCUGCCCGACAAUUCACAGGCCAUAAACUCAAUCAGCGCCACUACAGCAUCGCUAUUCACGCAGAUUACCAGCCUCAACAGUCUGAUUACGUCAUCAACCCGUGAAUUGAAUGGAGUCGAGCAGCAAAUCUCGACUCGCAAGCAAACCAACUCGAUUUUGGAUUCCCGUAUAUCGACCACAGAAAGAAGACUUGAGGCAGUAAAAUCCUCAGUUUCAUCAGCCUCGUCUACAUCAGCAUCUGCAAUAGCAUCUGCUCUUAAUACUGAAAGAGAGGCUGUCAGUAUACUGAAUACAGUGCGAAAUUUUCAAGCUGUAUCACAGCAAGCAGCUGCUGAUGCUGCGAGUGCAUUAGCAAAGGUCAGUACUGCUACGGCUGUCGUUUAUUCUGCUAAUAAUUCGACUAUUGGCAUCAACAACAAGAUUUCGCCUAUUCAGAUCACAGCCAGCCAAGCUGUGGCCGUUUCAUCUCAAGCCAACCAAGUCGCUCAGGCAGAAAAACAGGCCCUUGACCCAGUUUACCAAAGUGCGCUGAAAUUGAAAAACGAAACAAGUGCCGCACUUACUGUGAUACAGAGCCUCAACGUCCAGCAAUACAUCGAUACAAACGUUGCGCCUUUGCUUACGAGAUGCCGUAACUACACUACCGAAUCGAUCAGCCUUUCAAACAACGUCGUUUCAGCUUCCACUCAGUCGCAAUUGUCCUUGCAAACAGCUCAGUCGCUGGCCACGUCAAUCGUAAAUAUAUCUGUUGCAUUAUCUUUCAUACCAUCCAUAGAUUCGCAACAACUUACGCCAAUUUACGACAACAUGUUGCGCGUACGGCAAGGGUUCUCUGCUCUUGAUCUUUCAAAUGAUUUAUCAAUCCUCCGCAGUGGUAUUGCCUCAGUUAGUCUCAAGAUACUGGACUAUCGCUCUAAAAUAACUUCACUCAAGUUUUCCAUAAAUGCCUAUAAAACACUGUACGAUACUGUAAAUAGUUUAACUUGCAAUGUUCCUUCUCAAAUACCGUAGAGGUAGAAAACUAAAAUAAAUAUCAACAUUGAUUAAUUUUAGUCAGACUCUUCCAUUGUUCCUAUCACAAGGGUGUCAAACAACUGUAAAAGUGCCAAAACGAAUGCAUGGUCCAAAUCACGGACCAAACAUAACAAAAACUGACUUUAAUUCAAACGGCAAUUUUGAAUUCGGAUGAAGAAACUGCAAUUAACAUUUCCAAUAGAAGACAGUCACAAUAAAUGAACAGAUUGAGUAAAAGUAGCAAGAUAAGGGAACUUUUGUAUAAUAGGUAGUGAGCAAUAUAUACCGAAGAUGUUAUGGUUGGGGCAUAUAGUCAAGAGCUCAAGAGCUGGGCGGGUGGAUGUGGCCGGAUUUCGUCUUGUGUUUGACACCCUUGAACGCUAGUAUUUCAACUUACAAGGGUUCUUAAGCUCACAUUUGUGUUUCUUAUAACAUAAAUAGUUAUUUGAUAAAUGGUUAUAAUCCUUAAAUAUUCAAAAUAUUUAAUGGCCUAAAGAUCUUUUUGUUGAGUCAAUAAUCAAGAUUACAAUAACUGCAAUUAAAGUUCCACCCUUUAAAAAUUGAAAUUCAUCAACUGUUAACUACGAAUAGCUUUAUUUACUCGGUUUAUUCCUACAAAACAUCUUUCCAUAAAAUAGAACCUUUAUGUAUUGUUUCUUUUCAUUGUAACUUGUAUAGAUAAAUAUGGUAUUGCAAUGCAGUGUAGUUCCUAAAAUAACCAUGGCUAGAACUUUAUAUCAACUAAUUUUACCUAAAGACGUAUAGAUGUAUUUGCAAAGGGGGAUACUCCUCUUAGAUU